AUGCGGAAGAACGGUGAUGCUGGCGAUGCUGGCGAUGAUGACCCUGCUGCUGGCCUCCUGCAUCUUCUCGCCUCCGAGUGUGGCGUGGAGAUCUGCUCGAAAGUCCGAGACCCACGUUCUUAUUUUGUUAUGUCUGCUUUGGUCCCACCGCAAGUUAUCACGUUGUGGUUGUGCCGAAGCCGAAGUACCAUGCAGGGCACAGAUAUACGGGAGGCUGGCUUCAGCAGAGUCCAGUUGGUAGCGCGAAGCAAGUUGUCGUCGUUGACGUCUUCGGGGAGUCCGACCAGUCGUGCCUAG